GGUACGCUUUCACUAGACACAUAUCGAGCGCAUGUGGUGUGUUUAAGCUCAGUCGGACCGAGGUGUACUCAGGAGAGAGGAGCACUGCAAUUUAAGGUGUUCUCCACAUCACAUCUUUUUGACUACUUCGCCUUGUUAUUUCUGGAUUUCCUUUUCCUCAAUGAACGAGAGAUUGAAUUGUUGGACUUUGGAUGAAGUUGGAGUUUUUGGCUCGCACAACAAUGUGACCAUGCUGAGUUGAGGCAUUGACUGUUCUCCUCCCUUGUUGGAUUUACUAGUAUUUUUUAUUGAUCCAGAGACGUGGAGGCUCAAGAAUGGGCAAACUUCAGUCCAAACACGCGUGUAAGCGCAGAGAGAACCCAGAAGGCGACAGCUUUGUAGUGAACGCAUUCCUCCGGAGAGGGAUGGACGAAUGUGAGCGCUAUGGAGGGAUGGAUCACAAGAUGAAGAACAUGCAGGACUUUCCAAAUGUCCAGUCCAAGGAGGGACAGCGUGCGGAUCAACACUGCCCCCUAGAGGUGGCUCUCCCUCCAGAGAAAGCUGAGGGCUGUGAAAACUACCUGCAGUACCUUCAUGCAGAGGAUGGAGAGCGGGAAAUCAAAGCUUCCGGGAAGAAACGCAUCAGUCUGGAUGACUUGGAGUGUGAUGUUUCUGUUGAGGAUGACAACCGUCAGGAGUGGAUCUUCACACUUUACGACUUUGACAACAGUGGCAAAGUGACAAAGGAGGAUAUGUCCAGCCUGAUGCACACCAUCUAUGACGUAGUGGAUGCCUCUGUCAAUCAUUCCUGCAAUAACAAAAGCAAGACGCUACGUGUCAAGCUGACUGUCACACCGGAGCCUCGAUGCCAUAAGAGAGAAGCAGGCACAGAUCGCUGUCACCAAGAAGAAGGUCGUUCAGCUGACAAGCGCAUUUCCGCCUACAUCAGCAAGGGACAAAACAAUGAAGCACCAACCACUGAGGGCCAGCAUUACUGUGUGGAUGAGAACACCGAGAGGAGGAAUCACUACCUGGACUUAGCUGGUAUAGAGAACUAUACCUCCAGAUUCGAGGGAACAACAAGCCCUGCGUUCCCUCCCCAGGAAAGCCAUAAUCGAAGCUCCCAGAGCCAGAGUCGCUCUCGCUCCCACGAGCCAGAAGCCCAGAUUAUUCACCAGCGGCGCUCUCAGAUCAUCAGCGAUGGUUACAACCCUGCAGAGCUUCGAGGCAAAGGAGCACAGUUCCUGAAGUCACCCAAGGGCACCAACAAAGGAGGGAAUAGCGGCGGCAAAUCCACUAAAUGCCACGGCUACCAUCCUCCUCCGCAAAGCAUUCUGCACGGCGGGGGCGCCGCUACUCAUGGGGGCCAAGAUGUGUACCACUUACCACACCAAGGCCACCACCAGAACCCUCUACAGUACAGUCACAGCAAACGUAUGAGGGCCAAAGCUAGAGAGGCCUUCUCUCCAAGCAAAACACCUCUCACCCCUCAGCCUCACCCCCAGCAGCAGCAGCAGCAGCAGCUGCCCACCCUGCCCUCUGUGCUGCCAGGCCUGGAGAGAGAGCAGAUGUCCGGCCCCCCUGGGAGCCCGGGCUUUGUGGUUCCUGUGGUCCAACGCCAUGAGCACCACCACCACCAUGAACACCAUCAUCACCACCACUACCACCAUUACCACCAGACAUGACCGCCUCCACUCACGUCAAGUGUACAGGACCAAGCACCACUCCCAGUCCAGGAUUUUUUGGACUUUCACAAGCUAUCCAGAUACUGUACGACAUAUCCUGACAUUUAUGGAGGAGUUUUAUAUUGUGACACUCAGCCAUCGUGGACCUGAAGUUUUCUCUGAAGCUAUUGUGUCAACAUCAAUGAUGUGUCUCAUCAUUUUAUUUUAUUUUAUUUUAUUUUUUCAGUAAAGUCUUUGCUGGGACUGCUGAGCCCACUUUCACAAAUGGGGACCACGCAACAGAAAGCCAAAACACGGAAAAACGUAACACCUUUUUCCCUCCUGAUGCUGUUGAUGGUCCCUGAAAGCUAUUUGUCACAUGGAUCUCAGGUGUAAAGGUGCUGCUUUAUCACAGAAGCCUCUUUGUCUGUGGACUG